GCCUUGUCCCCCAAGUUGCCGUUUCUUUCGUUUAGUCUCUCUCACCUUUCUCAUUUAAAAUCCCAGACAGAGAUUUAGAAGCAGGCAAGAUGGCUCGGUACGACCGUGCAAUCACCGUCUUCUCCCCAGAUGGCCAUCUCUUCCAAGUUGAAUACGCCCUUGAAGCCGUACGCAAGGGGAAUGCAGCUGUGGGUGUCCGAGGCACCGACACAAUCGUCCUCGGUGUCGAGAAGAAAUCUACCGCAAAACUCCAAGACUCUAGAUCGGUUAGGAAAAUCGUUAAUCUGGAUAAUCACAUUGCUUUGGCUUGUGCUGGGCUAAAAGCAGAUGCGCGGGUCUUGAUAAACAAGGCACGCAUUGAAUGCCAGAGCCACAGACUUACUGUUGAGGAUCCUGUAACUGUUGAAUACAUAACACGUUACAUUGCUGGCCUUCAACAAAAGUAUACACAGAGUGGUGGUGUGAGACCAUUUGGCCUUUCAACUUUGAUUGUUGGCUUUGACCCAUACACUGGCGUUCCAUCUCUUUAUCAAACAGAUCCAUCUGGGACAUUUUCAGCUUGGAAAGCUAACGCAACAGGAAGGAACUCGAAUUCUAUGAGAGAAUUUUUAGAGAAAAAUUAUAAAGAAACUUCUGGGCAAGAAACUGUAAAGCUGGCUAUUCGUGCAUUGUUGGAAGUUGUUGAGAGUGGAGGAAAGAACAUAGAGAUUGCUGUGAUGACAAAAGAGCAUGGGCUUCGUCAGCUUGAUGAAUCAGAAAUCGAUGCAAUUGUUAUGGAGAUUGAAGCAGAAAAGGCAGCAGCUGAAGCUGCAAAGAAGGCUCCUGCCAGAGAAAAUUGACUCCACCCACCUUUAUACUCCCCCUUUUUUGGGAAUUUGCUAAAGAACCCAGGAGUAAGAAAUCAAGCUUGUAUUGCUAUGGAUUUGUGGGCAUUUUCAUAUGACUUUGGGCAUUUCAUUUCUUUCACAAGCCGUGAUCUUAGCUUGAAUUGAUUACAUUAAAGGUGCAAUUCAUCGCCUGCGGCGAUUUCUCAUUA